CCGGCACGGGCUCGGCUAUUAUCUGCCGCGUCUUGCCACCGACGUGGCGAUCGGGCUGUGCUUGGCUGGGCCCGAUUCAGCUGGGCUCAACUCGUCCGAACUCGGCCGGUCGAACUCGGCUCAUCUCACUCGUCUCUGGCCGUCUGUUCAACGUAUCCAUGACGACCCUCGACGACUACCGCGUGCUCGAUGCCAACCUCGGCAAGGGCUCCUUUGGCCAGGUGGCCCGCAUUGAACGCAAGCGUGACGGCAAGACGCUUGUGUGGAAGGAGAUGGAAUACGGGAAGAUGUCCGAGAAGGAGAAGAAGCAGCUCGUGUCCGAGGUCAACAUUCUGCGCGACCUCCGGCACCCGAACAUUGUGCGGUAUGUGGACCGGAUCAUUGACAAGGACUCGUACAAGAUCUACGUGAUCAUGGAGUUCUGCGAAGGCGGCGACCUGGCGCAGUUUAUUGCCAAGUGCCGGCAGCAGCGGCGGUACAUCGAGGAGGAUCUCAUCUGGCGGGUGCUGACGCAGCUCCUGCUCGCGCUCCACGACUGCCACUCGCGGCAGAUCCUGCACCGCGACAUCAAGCCGGGCAACAUUCUCCUCGACGCCAACAAGAACGUCAAGCUCGGCGACUUUGGGCUGGCGCGUGUCCUCGGUUCAAAGUCGCUCUUUGCGCACACGUACGUCGGCACGCCGUUCUACAUGUCGCCGGAGCAGGUCCGUGGUGUGGCGUACAACUCCAAGUCGGACGUGUGGUCGCUCGGGUGCCUCAUCUACGAGAUGGCGGCGCUCUCGCCGCCGUUUGUGGCCUCGACCCACACCAAGCUCAUCGAGAAGAUCAAGGAGGGCCGCUACCGCCGGCUGCCGUCGGUCUACUCGGAGGACCUGACCAAGGUUAUUAAGGCCAUGCUCGAGAUGUCGACGACCCGCCGGGCCUCGGUCCGUUCGCUUAUGGACUUUCCGCCCAUCGCCCUUCGCCUCCGCGAGCGCAAGGUCUCGCAGCACUACGCAGCGGUGAAGAAGCGUGAGGAGGAGGCCGAGAGCCGCGCUGACGAGCUCACCGCGCUCAAACGCUCGCUCAAGGCGCGCGAGGCCAAGCUCGCCGAGCGCGAGCGUGUCGUCUCCUCGGUCUUUGCCACCCUCAAGGCCAAGCUCGAGGCCCUCGGCGAGCCCGUCCCGGCCCUCGAGUCGCUCUUCGCCGAGGCCCGUGCAGGCGCCUCCCGCGAGGCCACUCCCGAGCUCGAGGACGCGUUUACCAUCUCGCAUACCUCGCCGCCGACUUCGGCCGACCUCGCCACCGCCGCGCCCUCGUCGUCGUACCUGACCUCCGACGCUUCGCAGCUGCGCUACGGCGCCAAGCUCCGCUCGCGCGCCGUGCCCUCGACCACCGCUACCUAUGGCAUCCGCUCGUAG